AGAGUGACGCAAUGAGUGCACUUGCUGUCUCGGGUUUAGCACACUUUUUUGGCAUCUUGUCCAUCAUCCUUUUGCUUGUUUGGUUGUUGCAUUACCAACAAGGGAUUGACUAUGAUUCACACAUUGGACUUCGUGUCUUCAAUGCUCACCCUUUACUAAUGUUCUUGGGGUUCAUUUUCCUUGCUGGUGAAGCUAUGAUGGCAUUCCGAACAACACCAAGCGAAAGGCAAACCAGGAAAAUUGUUCACAUGACCCUGCAUUUGAUUGCUAUAAUUCUUGGGAUUGUUGGUUUGAAUGCUGUUUUCAAGUUCCAUGAUAUGCAACAAAUUGCCAACCUUUACAGCCUCCAUUCAUGGAUUGGCAUUGGCACCUUCUGCUUGUUUGGAUUGCAGUGGGUAUUUGGUUUCGUUUUUUUCAUGCUUCAAGGAGGUUCACCUGCAACAAGAGCAAGAGUGCUUCCAUGGCACAAAGUGUUUGGUAAAGCACUGUUGUUCAUGGCAGUGUGUGCUGCAGAAACUGGAUUGAUGGAGAAGGCUUUAUUCUUAAAACUAAAGCCACAUGAGAAUGAGACUCGUUUGGUCAACUUCACGGGUCUUUCAAUUCUCUUGUUUGGAGUUUUUGUAAACUUUUCUAUUGGUUUCCCAUAA